CAAAACAAUGAAUUUUUUUUCACUUUCAACGAUUAAAUAAAUUGAAUGAAUUAUAAUUGAUUUUUAUCAAUUAAUCCGUUUCCCUGUUUGAUUUAAUUUGUUUUCCUUUUUCCAUUUCCAAUCAGUUAAAAGAACCCAAGUGAUUUCCAUUAAUUGUUCAAUCGAUAAUCAGAGUUUCCAUAUUCAUUUGUGAGUGAAAUUUUCGUUUGGAUAUUAAUGGUAACCAGGAUGGCUCGAGAAAAAGCUUGUUUCGGAUUGGGGUGUUUUUGGCACGUCGAGGCUUUGUUCGGGUCCCAAAGAGGCGUUCUGACCACCAAGGUGGGCUAUAGUGGAGGAACAACCAAAGGCCCAACUUACCAAUCAAUCGGAGAUCACGUUGAAGUGGUUGAAUUGGUCUACGAUGAUUCAAUCAUCUCCUACGAGAAAUUAUUGAACAUUUUCUGGAGAAAUCAUGAUCCAACUGCUAAACCCUACAAACGACAAUAUAUCUCAGCGAUUUAUUAUCACUCCGAGUUACAGAAAAGUUUGGCUGAGAAAACGAUGAAAGAAGAUCAAGUUAAUCAUGGUCGCCCAAUCGUCACUGAAAUCGCGGCUGCUGGUCCUUUCUAUGAUGCUGAGAAUUACCAUCAGAAGUACCAAUUAAGGUGUAAUCCCUCACUACUUAAAACUCUUGGACUUAAUGAUGAAGCUCUCAAAUUAUCGGAAAUUGCGGCCAAACUCAAUGGUUACGUUUGUGGAAUGAAAAAUUUAACUGAAUUCAACGAGGAAUCAAAGGAUCUCUCAUUAACUGAUAAACAACGAAAUUAUGUCAUUGAGAAGAUCAAGUCUGGUGUCAAAGCUCAUUGUUAAUUUACCGAUCACUUAAUCAGAAUAAUCAUCCAUAAAUCAUGAUGAUUAUCUGCCAAUAUUCAGAGAUUUCAACAACUGGAACAACAAUCAAGAUAUUAAGCCGAUUUAAACUCAAUUAACUUUUAUUAUCAUUACAAUUGAUUUAUUUUUCUCUCCCCUGUGUCCAUUUAUCAAUCAAAUUUAAUUAGAAUCAUAUUGUUACCUUCAUCUAA